CCUCAUAUUACCAUUUCUUAGUUGACUUGAAAAUUGCUUAAUAUCAUUUAAAUGGAUUUUCAAAUGGCUAUUGAUCAAUAUCACUUAGUAUAGAAGAGCUUCAUUAAAGCGUUCACAAGACUGAGCGUAACCCGUAAAUAUGCGUUUCUUAUAAUUAAGUUUUAUUGGAGCUAAGUUUUCCGUGCUUCUGCACUGUUUAUUUAUAGGGAAUUUAAUUUUUUUAGAUAUUAAAUUUGUAAAACUUUGCGCCAUGAUUGAGCAUAAGAAAGUGCUAGUUCUCUACGUAGGAGGCACUAUUGGUAUGCAGAAAAACUGUAAUAAUGUGUACAUUCCCGUUGCAAAUGCAUUUUUGGAGAAAAUUAAAAACUCGGAAAUGCACGAUCCGCAAUUAGCUAAACAGCUGAGAGUUCCGCUGUUGGACAAUGAACUGGUUUUACCAAUGAUAGGGUCGAGUUUGGUCGUCUACAGGAUUGUAGAGUACAAUCCACUUUUGGAUUCCUGCAACAUGUCAACUGCAGAGUGGACGAUGAUUGCGAAACACAUUGAGCAAAAGUAUGAACGUUUCGAUGGGUUUGUCGUUUUGCACGGCACCGACACAUUAGCUUUUACGUCGUCUGCUUUAUCAUUUAUGUUGGAGAACCUCCAAAAACCUGUGAUUAUCACCGGCUCCCAAAUUCCUAUUUUCGAGCCGAGAAGUGAUGCAAAAGACAAUUUUCUUACUUCUCUGCUGUUAGCUGGUCUCUACGAAAUUCCGGAAGUUUGCGUAUUUUUUGGUGGAAGAUUGUUGCGAGGAAAUAGAUCCACCAAAGUGAGUUCCAAUUUGUUGAACGCUUUCGACUCCCCCAAUUACCCCCAUUUAGCUCUUGUGGGAGUUGAAUUAAGUGUUUAUAAUUCCUACAUAAGAAAAACUACUAAAGGUGGUGAAUUGAUGGUGCAUACUAACUUGAACUCCCAUGUAGGAACGAUUGCUUUCUUCCCAACAAUUUCCAGUUUGCAGCUGGAAUCAUUUUUAAAACCUCCAACCCAAGGUCUAGUUCUACAAAGCUAUGGAGCAGGCAAUAUCCCUUCAAAUAGAACUAAUAUUCUUAGCGUGUUAAAGCAAGCUGUAGAGAGAGGGGUGUUGAUCAUCAACAUAACUCAAUGCUCUAAAGGAGCGGUUAGUAAUGCGUAUGAAACCGGGAUGGUCCUCGAAGCUAUUGGCGUAAUAUCUGGAUACGAUAUGACUACCGAAGCUGCUCUCACCAAGCUGAUGUGGGUUGUGGGUUUGUCUUUGGAUUAUCCGACAAAAGUCAAGUUACUAAAGUCGGACCUUAGGGGAGAACUUACCAAAAGUAAAUAAAUAUGAUCAUCGCAUUGUAAAAAUUUUAUUGUUACUUAACACAUUAUGUGAAUUUACGCGGCUGAUGUAUGAAUAUUUUGUUUUUUAUGUUGUUUGUACUUUACCUUAGUGUAUUGGCUUCUUCAGGAGUAUAUAUAUAUGGAAAUAUCAGCUGCUUAGAAUAUAUGUAUAUGGAAAUAAAUUAAUGUUUAUAUAUAGAAUAUAAUAUGUGAUGCAUAAAUGAAAUUAAAUAUAUUAAGCUUUAA